AAACACUGCAUAACUGUACCGUAUUAUUACGUAUCAUCACAGGAAUAUCAUCGCCGAAUACACUAUCAUCAUCGACAUCAUCAUCAUCAUCUUCGCUGUUCAAAAUAAUUAGAUAUUAUCCUGUAUACUUUUCAAACAAGUGUUCGAUGCUGUGCACGGUCCGAAACUAGUUUCGCCGAUUUUUCGCGUUUUAACUGACCGGUCGGUGUUACGUUUCUCCCAUAGGGGACUCUCAAGGCCGACAAAUACAAUUAAUAAAAACGUCUCAUCCUUAGCUCUAAUAAUAUAAUUUCGUCUUAAACCGAUUUGACUAUCAGGCAAAAACAAUGGUAGACACUACAGCAGAAGCGACCAGGCGAUUGAAUGUGAAAAAACAAACCUUGGACGACGCUUAUGCCGCACCUGCCAACUUCUUAGAAAUAGACAUUCUCAACCCAAUCACUCACGGUGUUGCCAAAAAGCGAUAUACCGACUAUGAAGUUCGUAUGCGGACCAACUUACCAGUUUUUAAAGUCAAAGAAUCUAGUGUUCGCAGACGUUAUAGUGAUUUUGAAUGGCUACGCAAUGAACUAGAAAGAGAUAGUAAGAUUGUGGUACCGCCUUUGCCAGGUAAAGCAUGGAAAAGGCAGAUGCCAUUUAGAAAUGACGAUGGUAUAUUUGAAGAAGAAUUUAUAGAAGAACGACGAAAAGCACUGGAGGUUUUUAUAAACAAAAUUGCCGGUCAUCCAUUGGCACAAAAUGAAAGAUGUCUACACAUAUUUCUACAAGAACCAGUGAUCGAUAAAAACUAUGUGCCUGGCAAAAUAAGAAAUACAUAAUUUUUUAUUUAUAUACAAUUCAUAUAUUUUAUUAUCUAUUAUAAGUUGUUAUGUUCCACCAUUUAAAACACAGUUCUCAAAUAUGUGUGUUUACCGUACUCUUUAUAUCAAUAUUUUAUUGAAACUAGAUAGCAAUUAUUAUUAUUAUUAUCAUUAUUAAUAUUAUUUUUAUUACGACACAUUAUUAUGUUGUAUUAUUUUAAUUUAAAGUUUUUCCGCAAAAAUGUUGGUUAUAAAAAUACCUAUUUUAUUCAAACUCAUCAACAGUAUAAUUUUAUAUUAGAUUGCCUUU